AUGGCAAAUUUUAGUGUAUAUAAGAUGUUUAGUUCGGGAACCACUUCAAAUAGUUGGGCCGGAAUCGCCUUUUUGACUAAGAAACGUUUACAUAAAUACAUUAUAAAAUUUGUACCUGUAUCGGAGAGAUGUGGACUUCUAUAUCUGAAUACCAAGUUUAGAUCCACUAUUGUUGUGAAUUUUUACGCCCCACCUAAUUGGAACAUGAGGAAAAUUUUUUUGGACGAAAUGAUAAAUAUAUUAAACUCCCUCUCAAAUAGAUAUAACGUAAUAAUCCUGGGUGAUCUAGGAAAAGACAGUGAAUAUAUAAGUAGAGGAGUUAUUGGGCAAGCUGCCAUUCAACAAUCUAAUGAUGUAGACAGCAUAAAAUUCCUAGAUUACUGCAGUAACAAAAACUUUAAGGUAGAAAAUACUUUUUUCUGCCAUCGUGAUAUCAACAAAUAUACCUUUGUGAGGGGCAGACAGAUAUCUCAAAUUGACUUCUUUAUUUCCAAUAUUCAUAGUUGGUUUGUAGAUGUUAAAGCAUCUACUAGGGUUAACAUAUCUGAUCAUAAGAUGGUUAUUGCAGUUAUAAAAAUAAAAAACAUCUGGGGAUAUCACAAUAAUAGUAUUCCUAACUUAAUGGUGGUCAAUGCUACCUCGUCCAAUAUAAUUUUUCCACGUAAAGCAAAUAAGUUUCUAUUGCAAGGAAACAAAACUCUCUUUGAACAAUCCCUUAUUUCUAAAAAAGGAACCUUUAUUAAUACUACCAGAAAUGGAAACGUUGAAGUUUGCUGGGAACUUUUUAAGAAAGAACUAGCGGAAUCUUAUGAGAGACUGCCAAACGUAAAUCUUGUAUCUAGGAAAGAAUGGAUGUCUGAUGAAACUCUUGGGAAGAUAUAUCAACUAAGAAUGACGAACAGCUCUAACAUUGAUUUAUGGAAAGACAUUAAAAGAUUACUAUGGAAAGAUAGGAGAAUUUUUAUUGCUAAAAGGGCGGCUGACAUUGACAAAGAUAUGAAAGAGAACAGGAUCUACGAUGCAUAUAAAAAAUUAAAGUACUUCUGCAAAUCCAGUUGCUUCGUGAAACUUCCUAUGAUUGUCUUAGCGAAUGGGAAAACCAUAACAGACCAAGAUGAGCAAAUGGCACUGUGGCUGGAUCAUUAUAUGUCGAUUUUCGACUCCCGCAAGGCUACCUUUAACUACUAUGAAUUCUCAUACAAUUAUAUCCCCGGCUGGUUUCUCUUCAAAUGUUUCAAACAUCGUAAAGAAACUACGGAACAAUAG